CUUUUAAAAGAAGCCGAGUCAAACCUCCAGCAGUUGUCUGACAGAGGCUCAAACGAGAAGGAUGUCUUCCGCUGUACUUUCUGCUGUUAUUCUGCUGGCGUGUGCCUUGGCAUUUAGUGCCGCUCAGACAAGCUGUAAAAGUCGAUGUGGUGCUGAGUACUACAGGGGCUACAUGUGUCAGUGUGACUACAACUGCCUGUCUUAUGGAGAGUGCUGCAAAGACUUUGAAUCCCAAUGCACCACAAAAAACUCAUGCAGAGGACGGUGUGGAGAAGACUUCAAAAGAGGCCGGCUGUGUACCUGCGACCCUAAAUGCAAUGAUUACAAACAGUGUUGUCCAGAUCACAAAACCCACUGUGACGCAGAAGAAGAAAUCGGCAGUGCAGCCAGUGCAACAGCACCAGUGAAGACUGAUUCGUGCAAUAAUGUAAAUGGCAACAAGCCCGAAGAGCCGACUGUGAAUGAUGCAACAGAGCCUUCUACAUUCAGCAAGGGACAAGAUCCAGAUAUCAACGGAGAAAUUCUUCCCAAUGAGGAUUCUUCCAAUAACGAAGUGGGAGACCCAGAAGAAAUUCCAUUCCCAGAAAGCACCAGUGACCCAGCUGACCUGCUGGAUCCCAUUCCUACCGAACCCAUCGAGGAUCCAGAUACUCUGGAGGUCCCUACAGAGACAUUUACAGCCUCCUCCCAGGCACAAACGACUGUCUCAGACAAAGAACCAACACAGGCCGAGGACGGCUCCGCCUCACCGUCCCCCACCGCUGUAGAAGCCUCAACUGAGAGCACAGCCAAACCCACGGCGGUCGAGAUGGCGGGGCAGGAAGAAGUACUCCCCGAGGACGACAAUCCUGCCGAGGUUCUGACUGAAGCCCCCUCUGAUGAGCCAGAGGAAACAUCUCUCUCCAAAACAACUGUGGCCCCAAUAUCCACAGAACCCACACAGGCCUCCGAUGGCCCGGACGACUCUCAGGUCACCACCCUCUCUGCCUCAAUGCCGGACCCGACACCCAUCCCCGAAGUGACCCCUGCAAACAAACUGGAUGACGCUGAUCAAGACACAGCGAGUGUCACAACGGGCCCUGCGUCACUCAAUGUCACACCAGAACCGACCAAACCCACACCAUCUGAGGUCACCUCUAAACGGCAAGAUGAACCAGACCCGAUUCCAGCUGACCCGACUCCAGCUGAACCGACUCCAGCUGAACCGACCCCUGCUAAACCGACUCCAGCUGAACCGACCCCUGCUAAACCGACUCCAGCUGAACCGACCCCUGCUAAACCGACUCCAGCUGACCCGACUCCAGCUGAACCGACCCCUGCUAAACCAACUCCAGCUGAACCGACUCCAGCUGAACCGACUCCAGCUAAACCGACCCCUGCUAAACCCAGCUCCAAAGCGGAGACUAAGCCUCUGACCCCUGCACAGACUGUCAACACAGACAAUCCUAGAGACUACCAAGCAGAUGACAGCAACGAUACUGAUCUGUGUAGUGGGCGGCCGGUCGGUGCAGUGACCACGCUGAAGAACGGCACCAUGGUGGUUUUCCGAGGGCACUACUUCUGGUCUCUGGACAAAUACAUGGUGCCUAGUCCGGCUCGUGUUAUCACACAAGUGUGGGGCGUCCCUUCCCCCAUCGACACUGCCUUCACCCGCUGCAACUGCCAAGGAAAAACAUAUAUAUUCAAGGGAUCCCAGUACUGGAGAUUUGAAAAUGAUGUGUUGGAACCGAACUAUCCAAAGGCCAUUACCACUGGCUUUGAUGGGCUUCGGGGCCAAAUUACAGCUGCUCUGUCUGUGCCUCAGUACCAAAGGAGGAGGGAGUCAGUUUUCUUCUUCAAGAGAGGAGGAUCGGUGCAGAAAUAUUCAUACAAGUUUGGCCUCAGUUCAUCAUGUGGAAGGAAAGUCCAGUCCCCGGUUUACACGAUCCACAGUCGAAUGGUUCGAUCAGCAGCAUCUCAUCUUGAGCCAGCAGUUAACAUCCGGACAGCUUGGAGAGGUUUCCCCUCCACCAUCACAGCUGCUGUGUCCGUCCCGAGCAGAAGAGAUCCAGAGGGAUACAAAUACUACGUCCUAUCAAGAUCCACAUCCUACAAUGUGAGGAUUUCUAGCAAUCGUCCCAUCGUUCCUGCUCCUGCAACCAACGCGCCACCACAGAGCAACGACUUCUUGAAAUGCCCAAAGAGAGCGUGAGGAAGGAAAGAGGCAUCAAAUGCGGCUCAUCUUACAGCUCUCAAGUUUAUUACAUACUUCAUAAAACACAACGCUUAAGCAUGGACUGAUAGCAAAAAUGUACUUUAACAGUAUAUAAAGAAAAAGAAAACUUAAAAACAACAAGCUUCAAAACACGCAAACAUUGUCAUGGCUGAAAAGAGAAUAUGAAAACAUCGGUUUAAAAAUAUCUAAUGUGUUUUUGAAGGGAAUGGAAACCUUUUCUGUCACUGAGUUUUCUCACUGCUGCUUCAUCUCACGAAUCGUCUCCCAUGAACACCCCGAGAAGGAAAUCCCUGACCUGUUGGGAGAUUUAAAAAAAAAAAGUCAACCUGCUAUAGUGGCGUAAAGAAUUUGUACAGUGGCUGUAUAACAUGUGUAAGAAAUGUAAACAAUGAGUGUUUCCAUCUAAUAUUUUAAUCAACAAUAAACUGAAUUGUACACCGCCAAAA